GUGGAAGCAGUUUCACUUUCACUAUGUUUGUUUUUCAGUUGGACAGUAGACAGAGUUUCCAUUCUAUGACCGACCGUGUUCCGGAUCUGACUCGCUCUUCAACUCAAUCGCUGGGUUAGUUCUCACCCUUUUCUAUCUGAAAAUUUAAAGGAGACAACUUUGAAUUCUCAAUUCAGCCUAGUCAAGUUUGUAUGCAAUUGUUUAUCAAGUUUUACGCUUUUCAUUGUGAUUCCCAUUGUUUAAAUUCAGCUUCUUCUUCCUAGUCUUUUUUGUCUUUUUUUGUUUUCUAUUCAAUUCAGCGUUUCUUAUAGUUGAAAUUCACAUUCCCAAUAUUAUAUUUUAGAUAUUGUAUCCUUUUUUGGAAUUUGGAAGUACCAUUUUCCUGUUCCUUGCAUUGUGCAUGAACGUUUAGUUCUGCGUUUCGGCUCCGGAACUCAGAAGCAAUAUAGAGUGAAUGAAUAAAUUCGGUAGUUCUUUUUCAUCCAGCCAGACUUUAUUCAUUGUAAGAUCAAGCUUAUAGGAUUUGGGUCGUUUGCAAAAGUUAGUGAUCUUUUAUUGCCCAUCUGGGUUCAUUGAAGAGAAUAAUUCAGAUCAGAUACUGUAAGUAAAUAUGGAUUUUCAUUUGAAAAACCUGUUUGAUAGAUUCCAUGAACAAUUUGGGUCUGGUCCUGGACUUGGUCCUGGAUCCGGGACAUGCCUUAUGAAGGUAGAAGGCAUUCCUCCUAACUUUAUUAAGUCUAUGUUUAAAGCUUCAGCUGCUUUAUAUAGGACUGAUCCAUGGAAACGAUUACGACCUGGACAUCUUUUUGGUAUUCGGGUCGGGAAGGAUUCAGAUUGGAUGGGCAAGAAACAGCCUUUCCCAUGCGUCCAAUUCAUUGGAGGGGAUGGUGGGGAUCUUGGUUUUAACAUGUUUCGGUCUGAAAAUGAUGCUAAGAGAAUGACCGGGUCGAGAGAGACAAUUCGAGUUCCAAAUGUGGAGCUUCUAAGGGUUACUUAUGAACCCGAGUCAUUGAUGUUCCUCUCAAAUAAAAAAAUGAUCAAAUCCUUGUCUCUGGAAGCAUCAGGGACAGAUCAUUUUCCCGUUAUCGAUGUUGCCCGUUGCACAUCAUCUGGAAGCCUUCAGUUUAGGAAUCCAACCCUUGAAGAGCUUAGGUUUGUGUAUGCCUUUAUGAAAGCCAUAGCCCUGGUGCACCCACUUCUUCAAGUAGACAAAGAGGGUGGUCCAAAGUGGUCAAGGUUGGUGUACUUUGAUCCAUUCAUUGAGACAGUUGAUAUUCAAUGGCCCCCAGAAAUGGCCAGAGGUAAUGAUCUUGUUGCAGUGACAGUGUCACACCCACCUGGUCAGGCAUACGAAGAAAAGGCUAGUUCAACACCUGGCUCAACUCCAACCAAAUUUGUAGAACUCCCUAAGGAGGAGACUUUUGCUGAUAUAUACUCAAAUGGCAGCUUGCGGCAGUGUGCAGUGUGUGAGAAAGAAGUUCAAAGUGAACAGGCUCUCUGUUGUGGACGGUGUCGAGCAGUGGUAUACUGUAAUUCUGUCUGCCAGAAGCAGCAUUGGAAAGAAACACAUAAAAGCAUGUGUGGUCUUUACAAAGCUAUGAUGGAAAGGGAAGAAGAACUGGCAAUGAAAAUCUUCAUGUUUCCCUGUACUGCUGACCAGCAUUGUAAAUGGCUUGAAGCAUUGGGCAUUCAUCAAAAGGGCAUGUGGAGAAGGAAAUGCAGUUGCUAUUCUCACUGCCCUUUUGGUCUUCUUCCUGUUAAAGGUGGAUUGUGGGACUCUUGGGGUGGACUUGAUGAUGAAGAAUAUCCUCGUGACUCACCUUUUCACCAUCAUUUGAUGGAUGGUAUGUCAAGCCCAAUCCUUCUCUCUUGUUGGUCAGAGUACUAUAAUCUUCGGUCACUGCCAUUAUCAAGCCCCGUUGCUGAUAUUCUUUCGCACCCAUUGACAGUAUAUUACAUACUAACAGCUCUCAGCAUCAGUUCAAAGAACCUUGUACUCAAAGGGAAGGAAGUGAUUGUUCACUACCUGGGGCCAGAAGGGGAGUUGGAUUGGAUGCCAGCAUUUGCAGAGGUUGGACAUUUGCUAAAUGGUUUGGGUAAUAUACAAAUAAUAAUGGUGGGACCUGAAGUUCCAACAAAUUUGUCAGGGACAACUUCAGGAAUAGGCAGCAGAGUAAGGGUGAAUCUUGUAAGAGGUGUUUAUCAGGAGGAAGCCACAUACUUGCCUUCACCACAUCUGAUAGUUGCACUAAAUUGCGGUUUGGAUAGCCAUGCAAGCUGGGGUGGAGCUCUUAAUUUGAUAAAGUCUAUGGGAAUUCCAGCCUUCUUCACAGAUCAAGCGGAAAUCUCGUGUGCAAAUGCUAAGCAGGUCCUUCGGAGUUCUGGACUGCAUAUUACACAUCCUGUAACACCAAAUCCAUUCCGCUCACCAGUGAAAAAUCAUGGACUAUCCAACAAUCUUCCUGCAUAUAGCAAUGGUUUUGUACUUGGGGUAAAUACAUGAGUUCCAACCAUGAAUAGCAAACCUGAACUGUAUUGUUUUUUUAUUUAUUAUUUAUUUUUAUUUUUUUUGUAGUUAUCUAAACUAGGAUGCGAUGCCUACGAUUUGCUGAUGUGUUUAGUCAAUGACAUGUUUUGAGUUUAGAUACUUGCUUUUGCAUUGUUUUUGUUUGCCCCUUGAAUUGUUAAUUAACUUUAUGCUGCGGUUGAGCUUUAUCUUAA